ACAACGGCGAAACGCACCGACUUUCGGUCGCUCAGUCCACGACUGUCUUUCAACCUGGACAGACGACAGGACCGUCACAAUUCAAUAUUCGAUUAAUAUAUACAUAAAAAAUAUCGAUUAGUUUAUAGUGAUCGACGAUUUGUGCCUUUUUAAAACUAACGUGCGACUUUUGUGAUCGACUGUACUUGUGCAGUACUGUGUUUUGUGGUGCGCAAGAUUUUUUUUCGUUUUCAAGUGGAAUAUUUUAGUGAAAAUCCGGGAAAAUGUGGCCACCAAGAUUACUGCGGUGGACCUUUACUAUCAUAUUGAUAGUAGCUGUCAUCGCACCAACAUCAGAUUCAACAACCGUCCGCAGAAGACUUCGCAAACCGUCCAAAGUUUCAACAUCAGUGUCGACCAGCGUAUCCAGGUCUACAGAUCAAGUGUUGUCAGCUAGUGUGAACAGGCCUAAGAUCCGUGGGCGGCCGAACAUAGCGAGCCGGAAAUCAUCGGCAGCUAUCGACAACUCUGUCACCACUGACCAUCACAAGGACAAAGAUGGAUACAAGAUUGUCUGCUACUACACCAACUGGUCUCAAUACCGCACCAAGAUCGGCAAGUUCAUGCCCGAAGACAUCCAGCCUGAUCUCUGCACGCACAUCAUCUUCGCUUUCGGCUGGCUAAAGAAGGGGAAACUUAGCUCCUUCGAGUCCAACGACGAGACCAAAGAUGGCAAGACUGGACUGUAUGACAGGAUCAACGUUUUGAAAAAGGCUAAUCCAAAAUUGAAAACUUUAUUGGCUAUUGGUGGAUGGUCGUUCGGAACCCAAAAGUUUAAGGAGAUGUCCGCAAGUCGCUACGCCCGGCAGACUUUCAUCUACUCCGCCAUUCCUUACCUGCGUGACAGGAACUUCGACGGUCUGGAUAUCGACUGGGAGUACCCCAAAGGCGGCGAUGACAAGAAAAAUUACGUUUUGCUGCUAAAAGAACUUCGCGAAGCCUUCGAAGCAGAAGCUCAAGAAGUGAAGAAGCCCCGUCUUUUACUCACUGCCGCUGUGCCCGUUGGCCCUGACAACAUUAAGAGUGGAUAUGACGUUCCUGCUGUUGCUAGCUACCUUGACUUCAUCAACCUUAUGGCCUACGAUUUCCACGGCAAAUGGGAACGCGAAACCGGUCACAAUGCACCCCUGUACGCGCCUUCUACUGACUCUGAAUGGAGGAAACAGUUGUCGGUGGACCACGCUGCCCACCUCUGGGUCAAACUGGGCGCACCUAAGGAGAAACUUAUUAUUGGUAUGCCGACUUACGGCCGCACAUUCACCCUCUCAAACGUCAACAACUUCAAAGUAAAUUCCCCAGCCAGCGGUGGAGGAAAAGCCGGCGAGUACACGAAGGAGUCGGGCUUCCUCGCCUAUUAUGAGGUGUGCGAGAUCUUACGUAAUGGCGGAACCUACGUGUGGGAUGACGAGAUGAAAGUGCCCUACGCAAUCCAUGGAGACCAAUGGGUUGGAUUCGAUGACGAAAAGGCUAUCAGAAACAAAAUGAGGUGGAUCAAGGACAACAACUUUGGUGGAGCUAUGGUGUGGACUGUGGACAUGGAUGACUUCAGUGGAAGCGUAUGCGGCGGUGACGUCAAGUAUCCGUUGAUUGGUGCUAUGAGGGAAGAACUUCGCGGCAUAUCCCGUGGAAAAGACGCAAAGGAUGUCGACUGGGCGUCAGUAGCAUCAAGUGUCGUGAUAGAAGUAACUGAGAAGCCUGAACCAAUCAAGAUAACUCUUAAAGACGUGCUCAGUCGCGUGAAGAAACCAACGAAGAACGUAGUGAUUAAACAAAACAACAUCGGCGCCGCAAUCGAUAAAAACAGACGAGAGCCGCAAGUCCUCUGCUACCUUACCUCCUGGUCCUCUAAGAGGCCGAGCGCAGGUCGCUUCAUGCCUGAGAAUGUUGAUUCCUCCCUCUGCACUCACGUCAUCUACGCCUUCGCGACAUUGAAGGACUACAAACUGGCUGAAGCUGAUGAAAAGGAUGCAGACAUGUACGACAAGGUUGUCGCUCUGAGAGAAAAGAAUCCCAAUUUGAAGAUCCUUCUCGCCAUUGGCGGAUGGGCAUUCGGUUCCACGCCCUUCAAAGAACUUACAUCAAACGUCUUCCGUAUGAACCAGUUCGUCUACGAAGCCAUUGAAUUCCUCAGAGAUUACCAAUUCAACGGUUUGGAUGUAGACUGGGAAUACCCGAGGGGAGCCGACGACCGCGCAGCCUAUGUAUCCCUGCUCAAAGAACUGCGCUUAGCUUUUGAGGGUGAAGCCAAGACGUCCGGACAACCUCGUCUCCUCCUUACCGCUGCUGUACCCGCAUCCUUCGAAGCCAUCGCUGCUGGUUACGACGUGCCUGAAAUUUCUAAAUAUUUGGACUUCAUAAACGUCAUGACUUACGACUUCCACGGCCAAUGGGAACGCCAAGUCGGACACAACAGCCCUCUGUUCCCCCUAGAAAGUGCUACCAGCUACCAGAAGAAACUCACUGUGGACUACUCAGCUCGUGAAUGGGUCCGUCAAGGCGCUCCUAAAGAAAAGCUUAUGAUCGGUAUGCCCACGUACGGAAGAUCUUUCACGCUCAUCAAUGACACACAGUUCGACAUCGGAGCGCCUGCUUCUGGUGGCGGUUCAGCUGGACGAUUCACCAACGAAGCUGGUUUCAUGUCGUACUACGAGAUCUGCGAGUUCCUUCGUGAAGACAACACUACUCUUGUAUGGGACAACGAGCAGAUGGUGCCUUUCGCUUACAGGGAAGACCAAUGGGUUGGGUUCGAUGAUGAGAGAUCUCUUAAAACUAAGAUGGCUUGGCUUAAAGAAGAGGGCUUCGGAGGAAUAAUGGUCUGGUCGAUCGAUAUGGACGACUUCAGGGGUUCAUGUGGAACUGGGAAGUAUCCUCUCAUCACCGCCAUGAAGCAAGAGCUCGGAGACUACAAAGUCAAACUUGAAUACGAUGGACCCUAUGAAUCAUCUGGACCUACUGGACAAUACACUACUAAAGAUCCCAACGAAGUGACCUGCGAGGAAGAAGACGGCCACAUAUCGUACCACCCAGAUAAGGCUGACUGCACAAUGUACUACAUGUGUGAAGGCGAAAGGAAACACCACAUGCCUUGCCCCCAAAACCUGGUGUUCAACUACAACGAGAACGUGUGUGACUGGCCUGAGAAUGUCGAAGGCUGCACCCACCACACCCAGGCACCCGCGGCGAGGCGGUAAGCCUUAUAUGUAGUUCACUGUUUAUGUUCAGCUAUAAAUAUUUUUCAUAACUUAGGCUUAAUUUUAGUAAGGUCCGAAUCAGCUAUGUAUAUAGCCUCGUAAAGUGUUCAAACAUUUUGGAUGUCUGUCAGAUAAUUUUGUAGAAACUGAUUUUGUGUUACGGUAUACGAGAAGGUGCUACGUUUGCUCAAUUUUGAAAAAUAAUAAAUAUCUAAAUGUUAAUCUUGUUGGACAAAAAUGAACUGACUUGUGAAAUAAGUGAUAUCGAUGUCAGAAUAUAGGUACUGAAAAAUUAAUAUUGUUAGAUAUUAAAUAGAAAUAAAUUAUUAUGUUUGGAUACCACGAAAUUAGUUUCUCAUGUUAAAGGAACGCUAACAUUUUGUAAUAAAUUUAGUAAUACAACAGUAACAAACAGAUAAAUCCACCUACUAUAGGUACUUAUGUAAUUAUUUACAAUAAUAUUUAUUGGCGUUUAGUUUGCAUAUCGGAUAGUUGAUGAGAGGACUAGUGUGAUAUAAUGUAAAUUUCUUAACAUUAUUUGAAAAAUAUAAACAAUAGGUCUAUCUAUAAAUCUUAUAUUAAAUUAUGUGGGCCAAUUGCACCAACAAAAUUAUAGCUAACCGAGACUAAAAAUGCAUUCGUUCCAGUCAUUUUGAAUCCUAAUACUAUUAUUAGGAUACAAUGACUGAAAUAUUGACAAUGUCAUUAUUGACAGCAUUAUUUUUAACUCUCGAUUAAGUUGGAUUCAACAUUGUUUUGUUGGUACAAUACCCCUGAUAUGUAAAGAUGGGACAGACAAAGUUUUUUCUGAUCGUUUCUUUUGCAACUUAGAGCGUCAUGUAUAAAAUUUUGCUCAAUUUUUCAAAAAACGUGAAGUUAGUAAGCUUGUCUGACCUUUCUCCCGUUACGUAUAUUUUUCUCUCCCAAAGGUACACAAUAUGCCAACCGAUUGUAACGAAUCUAUGAAUAAUAAAAUAUGCUCUCUCUUUUUAUACAUUGCUUACGACACUUAUUUUAGUGGUAUUUUUUAUUUUGUUCUUUAACAUUUUUAUAUGAAGCAAAUUAUAACAAACAAUUAUAAUUAACAUAAUAUUUUGUGAAAUAAUUUUUGUUUCUAUGGGAUAUUUUUGUACCUUUAAUUUACCACAUAUUUAUUUUAUGUGCGUAAGUAUUUAUCUAGUUGCGAAUUGUGUAUUUUUGGGACAAUGAUUUAUUAUACUUUAGUUACAAAACUGAAGCUUUUAUUUUAUAUAAUAUGUACAUUAAUUUCAAAUACUCAACUCAGCUAAAAUCACUGCCUUUUUUACUGCCUAUCGUGGUCUUAGAAAAAUGAAAAAAAAUUAUGUGUUUAUAACACGUGACCGAUUCUAAAGUUACUGACAAUUUAAACGUCAACGAACGGUUAAGUUAUCGUUUAGUUCAGGUGUUACCCACUACGUUAAAGAAGGGAAUAAAAUGUUAAGUGGUCACUCGCUAGUAACUUUAGAAUCGGAACUUUAUAUUAAUUGUAAUAAUGAAUUACUUAUAAGCUUGUAAAUAUUGUAUUUAGAUGCAAACGAGAUGUAAGAGUAUUAUUAAAGAUUUUUUUAAUAA